AUGGCUGAUCAUCAAAUCAUCGUGGAUGACUCUGUGGGGCCCAUCGAUCAUGCUGUGAUCUCUGAGCUCGCCACUCAGCAAGGAACCUAUCCUCAAGGGCUGGCUAAUGCCGUGACCCCGCCCGCUAGAGGGGUCAAGAGGAAGAGUGGCGUUAGUGGUGGUGAACGCGGGACUCACGGUAAGCGUAACAUUCAGUGA